AUAUAUACUGACGAGUUAGUGGUUAAUUGUUGAAUUUCAAUAAGGUGUAUUGUGAUUUGCUGCUUUGAACCUUGUCUUCGAAGAAGUUUAAACCGUAAAAGAAAAUGCAAAUUCAGAUUCAUUCAACAUAUACCUAGCCCGCGAAAUACCUUUCCAUUUUCGUUUAUGUAUAUAAGUGUGUGUAUUUCACUAAUGUUUGAAUUUAGAACGUUAUUGUCUGUUUAAAUUUAUUUAUUGGCAGUUUCUCGAAGAAGUCAAACCCCUCGUAGGCGACAGUAUCGUAAGAAUAAGUUGAUUAUUCGUUCCAUCGAGAUACCUAUUCAUAAGUGGAUCACUAUCGAUAAGACUGAUAUAGAUAAAUGGAAGUGGUACGUAGACAGAAUAAAAAGUAGCUAGUACCUGAGUCGAUGUAUUUCUACAAAGAACGGUACUUAUAAUUUGAAAUAAUGGACCCAUCGAAACGUAAUACCAAAGAAAUUAACCCUAGGGUAACAUCAUCCGUUUUCCGUGUGCUGACGUUCUUAUAUAAUCUACCCCUAUUUAAAAAGAGUCGAAAAAAAGAUCUUGAUGACAGUGACGUAUAUGAAAUACCUGAUUGGUUAGCUUCAGAAAAACUAGGAAACGAACUGGAAGAUGCUUGGAUGAUUCAAAAGAAAAAGAAGAACGCAAAACCUUCUUUAAUUUUUGCCUUAAUUAGUUGUUUCGGGAAACGUUUGAUAUUUUUAGGAUUUAUACAACUAGCGGUGAAGACAGCUUUAGUUUUUAUCCAACCGAAAGCUUUGAGCAAAGUAGUAGCGUACUUUGCACCAAACCAAACUAAAGUAACGAACACUGACCUCUACUUGUACGCAUUCCUAGUCAUAACCUUAAACAUAUUUAGUGUGACUUAUAACCACAAUUACCAGCAAUUCACUUCAGAGGUAGCUAUAAGGAUCCGUACAGCAGUUGUAGCUCUUAUCUACAGGAAGGCAGUAAAAUUGGGACCGAACGCUUGGAACUACGUAAGUGCUGGAAAAAUUGUAACCCUAAUAACUAAAGACGUAUUUGCAUUUGAUAAUGCCAUAAAUUUCAUUAACGAUAUGUGGAUUGGUGUAAUACAAACGGCAAUAAUCACUUUCAUAAUAUUUGCUCGAAUUGAAUGGUCUGUAUUCGGUGGAAUAGGAUUUUAUUUACUAACUGUACCUAUACAACUAUACGUUGGCAGAGCCGUGAGUGCUAGACGAGUGAAAUCUGCUAAAAAGACUGACGAAAGACUCCAAAUAACCACAGAAACAAUCAGAAAUAUCAAAACAAUUAAAAUGUACUCGUGGGAAAACUUUUUCGAACAGAAACUGAAUCAAUUUAGAAAGUUAGAAUUGAAACAUUUAUCACCAGUUUACUAUUUGAAAUCUAUAGUCGUGAUAAUAGGUUCAAUAGCCACGAAUAUUUCGUUUUUCUUCAUGAUCAUGACGUACGUAUGGACCGGGCAUUUCACCGAUGCCGAAACGGUAUAUUUCAUCCAAACUUGUUACCAUAGCUUAAAAUCUUACAUAACGGUCUCGAUACCAAUGGGUAUAGCCCAAUGUUCUGAAUUACAUGCGUCUAUUAAAAGAAUAACUGAAUUUUUGAAACUUGAAGAGGUAACACGAAGAAAAGAUACAACAACAACUCCCAAAAUAUUGAUGAGACACGUUUCCGUAAAUAUAAAUGGUAAAACUAUACUAGAAGACAUUUCUUUAUCGGCAGCAAAAGGAUUGAAUAUCAUAACGGGAAACUUGGGAAGCGGUAAGAGUUCUAUCAUCAAAGCUCUCUUAGGAGAAUAUCCCAGUGAAGGUCAAAUAUUAGUGGAAGGUAGUAUAUCGUACGCUUCCGAAGAACCUUGGUUGUUUCCUUCUACGAUCAGACAGAAUAUACUUUUCGGCGAAGAAUACGAUGAAAAAAGAUAUAACGAAGUGUUAAGAGUUUGCGCUUUACACGUCGAUCUAAAAAAACUGAAAAACGGUGAUCAAACUGUAGUUGGAGACGGAGGUGUUAACUUUAGCAAAGGACAACAGGCUAGGAUUAAUUUAGCUAGAGCUGUUUAUAGAAAAAGUGAUAUAUAUCUUUUGGAUGAUCCUUUAUCGGGCUUAGAUAGUCGCAUUAAUAUUUAUGUAUUCAAAAAAUGCAUAAUGGACUUUCUUAAAGAUAAAAUAGUGAUCUUGGUUACGAAUAAUAUCAAUCAUAUCAAAUUAUUAAAUGGUAAUAACACUUUGUACGUUGAAAAUGGUCGUACACUUUCCAUUGAAAAACAACGGGAUGCUCUCGAUAAACGUAUCACUUAUUACAUCGAUGAUGUUGAAAUGAAUUACUUCGAUGUCGACAGCGAUAUUACCGAAGAAAAUAUACUGGAAGAGGAAGAUGAAAAUACGCCGUUAUUAUUAAAAAACGAAGAACAUCGUGAUUUAUACCACGAAACUAAAAAAAGUGGUAAAGUCAAGAUUGGGGUUUAUCUAAGAUACUACAAAUACGCUGGAGGUGUCAUAAUGUUUUUCAUUUUAUUGACCAUUUUCAUCGUUACUCAAGCUGCAUUGUCUUAUUCUGAGAAAGUUGUUAGCUAUUGGGUAAAUAAUGAACCUAAUGUAUCAAAUCUUGUAUAUUCCAAUAAGACAGACACUAAAGAAUAUUAUGACGUGAUUCAAAAAAGGAAUUUUUACCUCACUUUAUAUUAUAUCCUCAUCAUAGUUGGAUUUAUUCUAAUUUCAGCCAGAAUUUACUUGAAUAUAUUUUUUGCUUUACGAGCAUCUUCUAAGCUCCACAAGAAAAUGUCACGAUCCGUCGUUAAUGCUUUCAUGAGUUUCUUCGACAAACAUUUAAUGGGAAACAUCAUCAACAGAUUUUCUAAGGAUCUUUUAACUAUGGAUGAAGUAAUACCUCUGAAUAUUUAUGAAAUUUUCCGACAAACAUUAGCGAUUCUUGGUAUAUUAUAUUUGAUUAUAUCAGUGAAUACACUUUUUAUUAUACCAUCAAUAUUCCUAUUGAUCAAACUGUACUUAAUUCAACGAUUUUACUUACCAACCGGUAGAGGUACGAAAAGAUUGGAUGCAGCAACAAGAAGUCCAAUGAUUGGUUAUUUGAAUGCAACAUUAGAAGGUCUUCAAACUGUGAGAGCAUACGAGAAACAAUCUUUACUCAUAUCCGAGUUCGAUAUUCAUCAAAAUCAUUUUACUUCGGCAUCGUUUAUGUUAAUGUGUUCAUCAAGAUUUUAUGCUUUUAUUCUCGAUAUAGCUUCAGCAACAUUUUCAGCUGCUGUUAUUCUAAAGUUCGUUAUUUUUGAUACAGAUUCCAAGGCUGGUGAUGUGGGUUUAGCUAUAACCCAAGCGAUGAUGCUAACCGGUCUUCUACAGUGGGUAAUUCGGCAGUACACAGAAUUAGAAAAUAAUAUGACAGGAAUAGAGAGAAUUCUUGAAUACGCAGAUACUCCAAUAGAAAAUAAAACUAAAGGUCAAAUUUUGGAUAACUGGCCGUCUUUAGGAGAGAUAAGAUAUGAAAACGUGUCUCUAGCCUAUAAUAAUACGGAAAACAAAGUAUUGAAAGAUAUAAGUUUUACAAUAAAAUCGAAGGAAAAAGUUGGUAUAGUAGGAAGAACUGGAGCUGGAAAAUCAUCCAUUAUCUCCACAUUAUUCAGACUAUACGAUAUUGAAGGAAAAAUUUUUAUCGACAACGUAGAAACCAGUACUCUAUCGUUGCAAUUUUUGAGAUCUAACAUCGCCAUCAUCCCUCAAGAUCCCAUACUAUUUUCAGGUUCAAUUAGAACAAACUUAGAUCCCAAAGGAAAUCAUUCUGAUGACGAAAUAUGGAGAGCAAUAGGUCAAGUCAAUAUUAAAAAGCUUUUCACCAAUCUAGAUGACCAGAUUGUUGAAGGCGGUAGCAACUAUAGCUCAGGCCAGCGACAAUUAAUUUGUUUAGCAAGAGCGUUAAUAAGUAAAAAUAAAAUCAUCGUCAUGGAUGAAGCAACGUCUAAUAUGGAUAUCGAAACAUGUUCUGUACUUCAGAAGACGAUGAAAACCAGUUUUUCCGAUUGUACUGUAUUGACGAUAGCUCACAAGAUAAAUACGGUAAUGGACUGCGAUAGGGUAAUGGUGGUGGAUCAUGGCGAAAUUGUUGAAUUCGAUGACCCUCAAGUUCUUAGAAAUAAAGAAGAUGGAUUCUUUUAUAACAUGAUAAAACACUCAGGACUGGAAUAAUAAAAUUUGAUAAACGUGCCUAUUCAUAAAAUUUGUGUAAAUAAAAUAAUUUAUAAUAUAUUA